AUGUCGGCGUUAAAGAGCCGUAGUAACUCGUUAGCCGGACUAACUUUAGACGCAGUACUUGGCGGCGAGAUCGUUAUACAACCGUCGUCUCCACCGUCUCCUCCACCGCUUCCACCGCAAAAAUCUCUUGUACAAAUUUUCCGUGAGAAACUCCGUUUAAAACGCACCGGUUCCGCUUGGACCUCGUCUCUACAUAUCCCUGCCUCUGAUAUUCUGCCGCUUGGAUCCGCGUUCCGACCACACUCAGGAGGUUUGAGUAACGAUUCGAUCAACCUACGAGAUCUCGUCUGCGCAAUUCCGAUGUCGGAUCCACCUGGUUCUUCAGGACGAGCUAUGUUCAGUCGAGGAUCUUCGAUGCGGGUCGGGUCGGGUAAAAACCCGGACGAUUUCGCUGACGUCAACAUCCCUGGAGACGGACCACCGUCGAGGAGUUUCAAACCGCAGUUAUCACGGCACGAUUCCGUUAGAGAUCACAGUGACGGAGAGGAAGAUAACAGACGGCGUCAUCCUGUGGUUACGUUCGUUGAAGAGAGGCAAAUUAGCUUCGUACUCGAAUUCCUUGAGAUCUUUUAG